ACCAUAUUAUUCCGAUUUCUCAAUCUCUCUCCCUCUCCCCUUCUCUCUCGAUCUCUCCGCCUAAUAUCUGUUUUCGUUUUUGUUUCCAAAAUAAUUCCAACUCCACCAAUUUUUUGCAAUUGAAUCGAUCGAAUCCGAUGAGCACAGGCGAGCUUCUCAGCAUCGAGCCUCUGGAGCUCAAGUUCCCCUUCGAGUUGAAGAAGCAGAUCUCCUGUUCGCUCCAGCUCUCGAAUAAUACCGAUAGCUAUGUCGCCUUCAAGGUCAAAACUACGAACCCGAAGAAGUAUUGUGUUCGUCCGAACACCGGAGUUGUCUUGCCUCGAUCCACAUGUCAUGUUAUAGUUACAAUGCAAGCCCAAAAAGAGGCUCCUCCGGACAUGCAAUGUAAGGACAAGUUCCUCCUCCAGAGUGUAAAAACUAACGACGGUGCAACGACAAAGGAUGUUACUCCUGAAGUGUUCAAUAAAGAGGCGGGACAUGUGGUUGAGGAGUGCAAAUUGAGAGUGGUAUAUGUUCCUCCACCUCAACCCCCUUCUCCGGUUCCAGAAGGUUCAGAAGAAGGGUCUUCACCAAGGGUUUCUGCUACAGAGAAUGGAAACGUGAACAUUUCUGAGUUUUCCAAUGCUGCAAAAGCAUUUACUGAGCUUGAACCUCAGGAGAGAUCUGCAGAGGCAAGAUCACUUAUUUUGAAAUUGACGGAGGAAAAGAAUAAAGCAAAUCAACAAAGUAACAGGCUUCGUCAAGAGCUGGAACUCUUGAAGCGUCAAGGAAGCAAAAGUCGUGGUGGUGUUUCAAUCCUUUUCGUCAUUAUUAUUGGCUUGAUCGGAUUACUUCUGGGUUAUCUCAUAAAGAAGUCGUAAGCACUCUGUUAAUCUGCUGUCAAAUUGUUCCCUUCUCAGUCAUUGAAGAAUGAUGGUGAAAGGGAGAAAUUAAGGAGGGGAGGGUGGCUCAUUUUUAGUUAGCGUUGCUAAAGUUUCGAAACUUGUUUAGGUGGGUCUUGAUCGAUCUUAGGUGCUGGAACUCUAGAUUAGCGUGUGGGACUGAUCUUCGGAAGGCUUACAUUCUCAUUGUAACUUAAAGGGAUUAAUUCACUUUGUUUCUGUUGUGGUUCGACGUGAGAUUUUGGUUAACUGUAUCUUUGAUGGUUAAUAAUUUAGGAUGAGGUUCCUCUCCGGAUCCUCUUUGUGAGGAUUCCGGGAUCACUUUAUGAACGGACAUAAAGUGAUCUCCGGGAUCCUCAUAAAUAGGAUUCGGAUAGUAUCCUAUUCCAAUAAUUUAUACAUCUCACUGUGAUGUAAAACACAUGUUCGGUUGUUUUAUACUAUUGGUGUUUGUUCAA